AAUGGAUAAUGGCAUGCGUGUAAUUUGAAAUAAGGGCCGGACGGGAAACUAAAGCACAGAAUAUAAAGGACUAAAGUCUAAUUUGGAGUGGCCUAACACGUGCAUCAGUGCACGUGCUCCGGAAGAAGAUUAGAAGAAGCGAUCACAGUCAAAACAAAGAUGGCCGAUGAUUUGGUAAUACCAUUAAUUCGCACGGGCUUUUUAUGUCUUUUUAUGUACGUUCUCCGUUUUAUUCAGGAUGGAUAACGAAAAUUAUUUCAGCUAAGAUGAGUGAAAAUACUUUUACGAUCCUAUAUGGAUCUCAAACUGGACAAGCAAAAGCGAUUGCUGAAGAAAUAUAUGAACAAGCUGAAGGUUAUGAUCUGAAAGCAAAGUUGCUGUGUUUCAGUACUACGGACAAGAAGGUAGGUACAUGAACUUUGAUGGAAUGGAUGGAAGUGACAUCUUUGAAGUGUGUUUUUGAUGAAACAUAUAUUGUCCACGAUCGCGUUCUGCGUGAUCACACUUGUUUCGCAUCCAAGCAACUGCGUCAGGAUAAAAUUGAUAAAACACCCAGGGGCGCACAUUUCGAAAAUUUCGGGGGGGGAUGCCAAAUUUUUUGGGACCGACUUUCAUGGCUCAGUACCCUAAUAAUAAUAAAAUCUUUAUUUUAACUGCAUAAUUGUGUCAGCUGACAACACGAUGAUCGCAUUGAUCUCUGGUAUUAAUACAGGUGCAGAAAUCCUCUUCAGUUCCUACCCGCCCGGCGCCCACUUCAUCUCAUUCUCAAUAAACUGCCAGUUUACUGUUUAAUUAAAUUAAAGACUACAAUCUAAAAAUGAUUAAUAAACUAGACAGGGGCGCACAUCUAAGGAAUUUCUAAGGGGGUGUGGGCCACUUGGGGACCGACUUUUUGAUAUUCAAAAAGAAAUUAAACAGAAGGGUAAAAACAAUUUGGUAAAAACAAUUCUGCAAAAACAUCAUGCCACAGAACAAGGACGUGGGAAUGUAUUUGAAAUCAGGGGGUCAAGUCUCACGAGGCGCCUCCAUGGUUGGCGCCGAACGAGCAAAUUUUCAACAUUUAGAACCUCUAGGUCGCCGGAAACGACCAUUUCAGAGUCUUAACUCUACCUUUUCGGUAGGCUCGUUCAGGUGUACGAACGAAGGAUUAAGAAAAUUCAUCCCUUAUUUAAUUUAAUAGUUUGCUCAAUUUCUGCAUUUGUUCAAUCUGUUCCAGAUCAAUAGAAUCAGAUCAGUCUUUUUCUGAACUGAAGAAUCAAAACAUGUGUAUAGGCCUAUGAGCUCGCGUGUGAAUACCAGGACGUGUUUAUUAGUAAUGUGUAUGAGCUGUCAUGAGAAUAUCCGUUCGCAGGCCACAGGUGCGAAAUCGGCAAGGGUGGGUAGUAGCGAAGUAGUUGUAGUUCGCUACUGUAGCGAACUACAAUUUUUGACUACUUUUUUAAAACAGUAGCUGUAGUUAUAGCGAACUACAUUUUGCCUAAAAGUAGCCAAGUAGUUGACUACUUUUCAAACAGAAAAUCGCUAUUCGCUACUUUUUAAAAUGGAUAGAAUAGCAACUGGAUAGAAUAGCAUGAUAUUGAGACACGGUUUGCUUAAAAUCAAUACUCAAUUUGCAUGAAUAAAAUAUGCCGUGCAAGUGCAUGCCAUCUUAUUCGUAAGUCGAUUUGUUAUAUAGGUUACAUUACAGCCUGAGCUAGUAGAUGCUCCAAAUACAGUAAAAUUAAAAAAUAUUGCGUAGCGAAAUAGCGAAAUAAUUCGCUACAUUUUUUAAGCAGUAGCUGUAGUCAGUAGCGAACUACUAUUGUUCAAAAGUAGCAGUAGUUGUAGCUGACUACAUAUUUUUGAAGUAGCUGUAGUUAUAGCGAACUACAAAAAGUUUGUAGUCAACCCACCCUUGGAAAUCGGAUAGUAGCAGAGAGAGAGAGACGAGUUUAUUUCUUCGAAUAUAAUUGUUACUUUCGUCCGUCCAAUUGCGGGUGAUGCCAAUACACUGAAACACUGUAACAACCACAAUGCCAAUAACAACUAGCUUUUGUAGCCAAAAAUAGAACAGCAUUGUUGUUCUCUUUUAGUGGCGACAAGAGCUAGUUGUUUUACAUUUCUGUUCUUGUUUAAAAUAUGUAAAUGGAAGUCCUCAAAUUGAAAAUUGCUUACCCAGGUUGGCAAACAUUUUCGUCAACCCGGGUUCAUGUAAACCGAAUAAAAAAUAACCACCUGUGGCAUGCUGACCUGGGUUGAAAAUCAUCCCGGGCUCGCGUAGGGAGGGCCUUAAAGUAAGCUACAAACGAGAGGUCCGAGACGCAUGUAUAUGUAUGGAGGUCCUACUACCCGGCUAUGCCAAAAUUAAAAUAUGGCCAAUUCAGCAUAAGAUACGGAACAUACCUAGAAUGAAUUUCAGAACCGCUGACGCUUUCUCAGUCUUUACUAGUCUUCUUAGACCUUAGUGCCAAUUAUCCAGUAUUUUCUUGAUUUUACAAUCCAGUAUUUUCUUGAUUUAACGACUGCGUGUUUGAUGUGCCAGCCGCCGGGUCAGACAUAUCAGACAUUGUUAAAAGAUAAUGUCAAGUCUGUCUCAAAGCACUUUGCACCCGGAAAAUGCCGGUCAAAUUUCAAAAAUCAAAAUACGCUGUUUGCCUUUGAAACUCGCUAUUUUAUUCACCAAUGCAGUUAUAUCUAUAUAUAAAUAUGAUAAAAAACGAUGAAAAACUUUAAUUUAUCUUAAUUAUAUACCGUAAAUAUAUCUAUCUAGUAUAUCGGAUGUUCGGGGACCAAACCUUGGACCGAACUGGUUAUCUAAUAUGCAUUUUUCAGGACCGACUUUCAACCGAUUUUGAAAAGCUGGGGUUGUCACACCACCCACAUCCCCCUAAUGUGUGCCCCCGAAAACACCCCCCUAAUAAUUAUGUCAUUUGGCCACGCCUGUAGCUGGCUCUCAAUUUCUUUUAAAAUAAACUGUGUGCAAACGUACUAGAUCACAUACUGUACACACAACAAAACUCUACUCGACAUAUACAGAAGUGAAACUGGAGUUUACCAGGCAAACUUUUCUGCUGCAAAGAUUUAUAAUGAGCUCCAGACAGAAAUUAGAGAAAUUUAAUAUUGGUGAUUUUGGGCUUAAGAGUUAAGGAUGUUUUAAUAUUAGUAAUUUUAGGCUUAAGAAUGCUUUGGUAUUAGUAAUUUUAGGUAUAAAUGUUGCAGUAGUAAUUGUAGUUAAUAUCAGAGGACUCAUGUUUAUAACAGUAGUUUUUACUGAAAUGUAUAUAUCCUCUGUAAAGAUUCGUAAAUAAAUAAAUGAUAUAAAACACAUUACAUCAUAUUAAGCAUGAUAUUAAAUUAUUAAAAUGUCUACAAUGAUGCCAUUUGAUAACUGUUUAGGAAUAACAUGAACUUCAUCCAAGACCACAUAGCUAAACAUAAAUACCAGCUCCCUGCGUUUUUCCCUAUCUUUAUAUUUGAUGCAUGCAGCAUAUUUUUGCAAAAUAUGUAGGUGGGAUUUUUAGGCUCUUGGAAACUGACUGGGUUAUUGCCAUCAUUGAAAUGAUCAAUCCUUACAAAGACAACAAAACGUAAUGAAAAACCAAACGUAAAGACCGACCUGAAUUGUGAAGAAAACUGAAAGCCUUCAGUGCAUUGCAAAGAAUAUACUCAAUCACGUAUUUACAGUUGCAUGAAUUUACAAUUGCAGGUACAGACACCAUGUGUGAGGUUUCAGACAUUUAUGAGACUGUGUACAUGGUCAUGCAGGGUCAGCCAAUCACACUGUUAAAUAACACCACAAUUUAAUGCUUUAUCUCAGGAACUUAUUAUUAACUAGCGUUCUGCAGGUUUAUAUAACAGGUAAAUGCAUCGAGAGACAUGCAUGCUCCCCACCCACAUUUCCUCAAACUGCCUUUUUUCCAGAUAAAGCGAUGGGAAUGUGCCCUCUAAUGGAAAGGUGGCUAUGAGACGCAGUGCUACCCCAAUUUACAUUUGAUUCUUGUUAGUUUAAUGGAUAGAUCUAAUGACAGGCAUUAAGGGUUAACAGUCAAAACAUAUAUAAUUGCCUGACCCUGGAGGUGUCCUUACCAGUGAUACAUCAGUCACUGAUAUUGAGAUACCAUGUACGGUAUACGUGGCUCACGUAUAGUCUCCAAAUAUGACCCUACAUGAAUAAAAUAAAUAUAGUAUCUGAAAUAUGGCAUGUGUACUGUAGGUCAAGCUAUUUAUGGUAUUCAGAGGAGAAGGAUACCAAUGGAAAUAGUCAGUUCAGAUUCACAUCAAGUACUGAAAAAACAAUUUAAUGUAUAUUACAUAUACUCAAAUGGGCUGAAAGGUUGCAUAUUGCCAUAUUACAUAGGUGAAGUAUGCUGAAAUAUGGUAGAGAGACGCGCCUUGAAAUUAGCGAAAAAUUAGGUUGGCAAAUUUACGUUUCAAGUCAAUAUUAAAAAGGGUCCCGUAGACAAUCCGUAGUAAUACUGCCAUCAUUUCUUAAAAGAGAUUGGUUGGAUGAAAAAUUGAUGACCCUUUGUCAUCUGUUUCAGUUCCACAUUUCGGUAGCGUAUGACCGAAGUACGGUGUACGUGGAUGAAGCGUACCGAAAUACAGGUAAUAAAUUAAUAUGGUAUACAUUGGUCAUAUAUAUCGAAAUACACGAAGUGUGAACUUGUGUCUAUGAUGCAACUACCUGUAUAUUAGAGAGGUUCAGAUCUGUUUUCCGCUUCCACCACCUCUCGCUGGCUUACUACGUUGCUGAUUGUUUAAUCAGAUAAAUCAAACGAAUCUGAUUGGUUAAUGGUCGCAUCAUGGUAGCGGUUUUGAGCGACGUCCCUUCGUCUGGAAGUCAGUAGCUUUCACUGCUGUCACCACCACUAUUCUGGUAGUCCCACAAGAAUUGAAUAAAUUCAGACUAAUUCCUAUUCUCUAUUUGACAGCAAUUUAUGCUUGAUAAUUAUUUGAGAAGAUGACCGACCGAUUAACCCUAUUACAUCCCUCAACUUUGUGUUUUUUAGUUUUCUAUUGAAAAGGAGAAGUGUGUUGUGUUCGUCGUUUCAACAACUGGCGAUGGUGAUCCCCCUGAUACUGUAACAAAAUUCUGGAGAAGGCUAAGGAAGAAAACAUUAGGCUCAACUUAUCUAAAAGGACUUCAUUAUGCCUUGCUUGGUAGGUAAUUCAGUUAGAAUUUAGGACUUCGUCAUGUUAGAUUUUGAAUUAAAAUAUAGCCAGUCCUUCUGAGGCCUAUUCUGUGAAUCCAGACGUCAUUUUGCACGCUCAUUCUUUGCUCAGAAAGUUAGAGCGUAGGAAAUAACGUCUGGGUUUACAGACUAUCCUAAGGCCAGGCCGCCAAAGCUUUUAUAUAAUAGGACCGCAGUUGGUUUUGCUGCCAUUACAGAUUUAAAGAUACGUUUGUUGUUGUGUACUCUAAGAUACUAGUCCAGUUGCUUAAGAAAAAAAUACUGUAUAUCGGACAGCCCUACUGAAAUUGACGAUGAUAAUAUUAAUACAAUAUAUUGGUCUAACAUUCGGUGUAACAUUUGUUAUCUGAAACACCUUCAAUAAAAUAAAAUUUAUUUUCAUCCGCAAACCAUAUUAGUGGCAGAUCCUGCCUGGGAAACUAUUUACUUUAGUAACACAUUCAAACAAAGUUCAUGAUACUGUACCACAGCCCACAAAUACUUCACAAGUAGCCAAAAAAAUAUCGCUUUUAUUUCACCUUACCUUCAAUUUUGGGACGUAUUACAAGCCUAGUUUAUGGUCUAUAGUCUGUUGGUUUAUGAGUUUAAUGCCUUUGUGAAUAUGGGUUCUUGAAAAUUGAGAUGUUCAUUUAAGCAUCAUCUCUCUUGCUCUUUGACUUUAAAUAAGUGCCUUGUUCUUUACUUCAUAGGAUUAGGUGAUACCAACUACACAAACUUUUGUAAUUGUUCUAAAACCCUCAAUUCUCGUCUUCUUGAUCUGGGAGCAACACAUUUUUACCCACCAGGAUUUGCGGAUGA